AUGCUUCGUAGAGUCCUCUCCGGUGCUGGUGUACGACUAACCGCAUGUGACAGCUGCGUGGCACUCCUUCAUCAUUCGCAGCGGCGCGGGGUGCGGUAUGCCAACAUGCAGGAGGCUCUCAAGCCGCAAGCGGGCCACAGCGCGGGGCAGAUGUCCAUUCUAAAUGAAAUUUGCUGCAACCCCGAUGCAGAGGAAGAACGGCGAAAACCUAUUUUCCGCCACGAGGUUGCCCCGCGUCUUUCACCUGGUUCACCAGCAAAGAAUUACCUCCGCACCAUGUACCAAUGGGGUUAUAAUUCACUAACACUUUUCCUCAAGACAAACGAGGACCCUGGUCCGUGGUGGAACGCGAACAGCAGCACCCUGGUUUCGAAUUGGUCACAGGUAGGCGACUAUGCAAAUGCAGGUAUGUGGUCGGGCGUUUGGCGCUAUACGUAUGGUGUUGGAGAGUAUAAUCUGCGGCCAUAUGAGGUUCGAGGUCGCGCAUGGGGAAGACGCCACAACAAAGCGGGUGCCAUGUCUGUGGACUAUUACUACAACUGCAACAAUCAGGCAGAGCAGAAAAGGCCGCGACAGUACUUCAUGUUUCCACAUACACCGGAACAUCAGAUGCAUCGCCGGCUGAAGAAUCCAGAACUUCCCGGUUUCAAGGUAAUCGAUGGACUUCACGGCAAGCGCGUCGUAAGGGAGAUACAGUACCACUUGGGACAGGGUUUGAGGUUUUACCUCAUUGAUGGCGUCUUCGGAAGCCAUCCAUCAACAAACACACCGUAUCGUAUUAUCACCGAUAACCCAACGCAUGCUUACUUCGCCUCACUGGCAGCCAUACGCAAGUUUAACUACGUUGCACAACAGGAAAUCAUGCUGUCGAAGCGCAUCACCCAGUCUCCCAUUGAUGAAUGGGGUUGGCGGCGGCCGGGAGUGCUUGUUUAUCACGCUCCUAGUUGGGAUUUUGAGAGUCCUCGUAUUGUGGAGGAAUUCGGUGGUCCGCGGCCACGCGAUUUGGGGCUUGAGCACCCGAAGUUUAUAGCGCUGGAACCCUAUAGCAUUCCUAUGAAAGCCGUUGUUGCGGCAGAACCAAGCUGUGACAUUUUGCUUGAUGCCACCGCUUUCCUCUGUGCGCGUUGGGGCUUUUAUGCUGAUGACAAAGGUCUUCUCACACUGGUAGCAGAGAGCAUACUUAGUCCCGAUGCGCAGCACCUUACAUUAGUUGUUUGUGAAAAUGAACGAGAGGCUGAUAUUCUCCGAAGUUCGAAGUACAUAUUUGGUGCACGGCACCACCGGAUAGGCGACGGGUGGAUUUCUCGCGCGUGGGACGUGGUGUCGGCUCCCAAGAGUAAAGUGGAGGCGUGUGCGCAUGACCUGGUUGAAGAGAGUCUCGAUCGUGUUCACAAACCGCUUCCAUGCCGUGUUGGUAUGCCUCAUGCUCGCUCCCACCGUCACUACGGCCGUCGCCAUGUAUCUGGUUUCGGCUACAAGAGGAAACAUUCGUACACGGAAGAUGUGACAGCGCUGGCGGCGGCAGGUGGACAUCUCUUGUCUCCGAAGGCUAAAGACGUGUUUGCAUCCCAUCCCGUUAGGCCAAGCGCUUUUAAUCUCUCUUCUGUGGACAUAGUUGUGGUCGGUUCUGGUUCCAGUGCGAGUAAAAUCAUUAUUGAUGGACUUCAAAAGCGAGCGAUGCUCUACGCUGAUCCGGAAAAGCUUCAACCCGCUCUUGAGGCCGCACUGAAUCAGGCAAAGAGCGUAAAGGUUGUUGGAUCAGCUGAGGCGAAAAAAUUGAUGCAGAAACUUUCAGAAACGGGUUCCGCGCACGCUUCAGUGUGA